AUGGAAGUGGUGUUGCACUAUCGACCACAUCAGAGAGAUCUCAUAAAACUGCAGAAAUUUGCAGAAGCAGCAGUGAAGGAGUUUCCCAUUCGGCAGCUACCAAGAUUUGUAUCCUGGUUUCCAAAUGACUUACACAGACUUCCCCUCAAACCAAAAAAACAGGCACCUGUUAUUUCUUGUAAGGAAGUGGAAGAAUUGAAACAGCUUUCUACACCUUCAGAAUAUAUUACAGGAUCUCCUGAUUAUGACUGCACAAAAAAUCUCCUUGAGUUUCACUCUAGUAUGAAACAUGGUCUGACUUUAAUCCAAGCAAAGGCUGUUCACAGACCAAUUAACUUGGACUAUCAGGGAGAGCCACCAUGUAAGGGAAAACAAAAAUUGAAAAGGUCUUGGAGUGUCUCUCUCCCUAGCGCUAAACUUAAAGAAAAGAUUCAUCCUUUAUCUGAAGAACUACAGAAUAAUUUGGAACGACUAAAGCUGCAUGCAUUUUGUAGAGCAAAAUGGACAAUUGAACAGUCUAUUUGUAAAAACCAGAAUUUGGAGGAUAUAUGGAUAAAAUUGAAUAGACUCAUUAAACAGAAUGAAUUGCCAUCUUGCAAUGCUACUAUCCAAAGAUCUGUGGGACAGAUAUGGGUUUUCUGUGAUAUAUUGUACUGUGAAUAUGUUAGAAAUAUUCUUAGGGAAAAGCUAAGCCUUACAGAUAAAAUGAAUUUGCUUGUACAUAAAUAUGGAAUUAUAUUUAGUUUAUGA